AUGUUGCCAAUACUCUGCGUCUUAAGUAUUAUUGCAAUACAUGAAUUGUCAGGUAAGAAUAUAGCUGACGAGUCAGUUCAACAAAUCACGAAAAUCGUAGGCGGUAAACCUGCCAAUGAAGGACAAUUUCCUUAUCAAGCAUCACUUCGUAUUAACGAUAAUCACUUCUGUGGAGGUUCCGUAAUAAAUAAUAGAUGGAUCCUUACAGCUUCUCAUUGCUUGACUGGUUUUAAUGACACGGCUAUCACUGUUGUAUUGGGCACUAACACUCUAAACAAAGGCGGUGAUAAAUACUUAUCGAUCAAGAAAUUGGUACAUCCUUACUAUAAUUCCGUCCUCAUCUGGAAUGACGUUGGAUUAAUUAAAGUGAACAAGGAUAUCGUUUUUGGAGACAAAGUGAAAUCAAUUGCUCUGCCCACCAAAAACUUUGACAAAUCCAAUUAUCCGGCCACACUGUCAGGCUGGGGUACUACCAGUUAUCCGGGAAACACGCCAAACGAUUUACACCAUAUUCAACUCACAGUCAUGAAUCAAAAGCAGUGCGCAUCUAGCAGCUUUCGCGUUACCAACGCUAAUAUCUGCACACUCAACAAACAGGGCGAAGGCGCCUGUCAUGGUGAUUCUGGCGGUCCUCUGGUAGCUGACAAUGAGCAGAUAGGCGUGGUAUCCUGGGGAAUACCUUGCGCUAAAGGACGUCCAGAUAUAUUCACGCGAGUCUACUUCUAUCGGGAUUGGAUCAAUAAAUGUAUCCAAGAGAAUAAUUCCAUAUAA